AUGGCUAAAACAAGCAUCAAUCUUAUCGACGAAGUCGAUAUGUUCCCCUAUGCUGAGACAGACCCUGAUGCUUUCACAAAGAUGAAAGAAGGUCUGUACACUCUGGUGUGGGAGGACAGUCAAGGCACAUACCCCAUCGGCUACAUCCUGGAUCGCGUUGUCAAAGAGCUUCACCAAACGCCUGAGGAUAUCAGGGGUAAAAUGACAUGCGACGAAGCAGAAAAAACCAUUAUGUUAUUCCAGGAGCCUACAGAAGAGGAGCGUACUCGCCGUGUCACUGCCCUCGCUGAUUAUUGGCGCCAAAAUGGAACGUUCCCCCUUCUCCGUGGCUGGCGAAAUGAGCUCUGGCCAGUCUAUGGACGCACCGGGGAGCUCUUAUUCAGCAUGGAGCGAGCAGCGAUGGGCUUGAUCGGUACGAUGCGCUACGGUGUUCACAUGGUCGCCUAUGUCAAAGAUGAGACUGCACCUUACGGCAUUCGUAUUUGGGUACCCACGCGCGCUCAAAACAAGUCUACGUUCCCCGGCAUGCUAGACAAUACCGUAGCGGGCGGUUUAAUGACCGGAGAAGACCCCUUCGAGUGCGUGAUCCGAGAGGCCGAUGAGGAGGCCAGUCUUCCUGACAGCAUUGUCCGCCAGAAUGCCAAGUUUGUCGGCAACGUCACAUACAUCUUUAUCACAAACGAGGGACAGGUUGGCGAAGGUGACUUUAUUUACCCUGAAUGCCAAUGGGUCUAUCACCUUGAGCUCUCUAAUGAUGUGAUUCCCCAACCAAGCGAUGGCGAAGCUGAAAGAUUCGACCUGUGCGACGUCGAUCAGGUCAAGGCGGAUCUUGCUGCAGGACGCUUUAAACCUAACUGCGCCCUCGUCACGCUUGAUUUCUUCAUUCGCCACGGUAUUCUGACUGACGAAAACGAGCCCGAGAUCGAACAGAUCAAACGGAGGAUCCGCCGCAAUAUUCCAUUCCCAGGUCCGCAUCAGAGCAAUUGGCGCCCACUAUAA